AUGGAAAAGAAAGUCAGUGGAAGAGAAAUUGCGAGAUAUACCCAGAAGAUAGCAUUCUCCUCACCCACCUCAUUUCUUUCCACCCUUACACGCCAAUCCGGGCAGUUCCACGUUGUGCUGUCAACCCCGAGAGUAGCAGCCGCCAUGUUGUACCGCUUUUACAACGACUGGUCUUUCCUAGAAACCCUCGAUCCACACUCCCAGAUACCCGUUCAGCUGGAUAAGAUACCCUCGUCGUUAGUGGCCCAGGUGACUCACAUCCCUUGGUGCUGCACAGAGCCUUACACCUGCUACCCGAUACACCUGGCCUGUCUCUUUGGCCAGAAGGACCUGGCCACAAUGAUGUUGGAGAAGGAGUCAGCUGACAUUCACGCCAGGGACAGCCGAGACAACACCACCCUCAUACUGGCCGCUGCCUCGGGCUCUGCCAGGACCAUGGUUGCCCUCCUUUUGUUGAUGUGUCAGGACGAAGAAGACCGCAAGAAGUUAGUGACGGCCAGUAACAAAGAUGGACUCACGGCCCUGCACCUCGCGGCUGUGAGCGAUGACCCGCAGGUCGUGGAGCUGUUGCUGGAUGAGGGCUCUGAGGUCAAUGCCGGGCAGUUCACCACGUUGCACAACCGACACUUCGCCUUGACUCCUUUACACGUUGCCCUCGUCAGGGCCACGCGCCGUGCCGCCACCAUUGCAAACAUGUUGGUGAAGUCCGGAGCCGACCUCAACCUGGAGGCAGCCACAGUCGACAGCAGGAGAGAGUGUUUCUGCGGGUUAGACACGCCGCCAUCCCUUCGCAUCCGCUGCUUUAACACACUGAAUCAUGACAACGGCUUUAAAAGCUGCGUGUCCCUCCUGCUGCAGCAACCUUCGGUGAAUGUGGACGCAAGAGAUUGGAUGGGGAAAAGCCCGCUGCAUGCUGCCUGCGAGUCCGGGUACUAUGCCUUCAUUGAGCAGCUGGUCACGUGCGGGGCCAACGUCCUGGUGGAGGACAACAGGGGCAAUACGCCGCUGACCUUAGCCUCGUGGCCCGAAGACAGGGCGGCCCGUGAAAAGCUCGUGGACGUUCUGCUGAGAUGUGGAGCUGCCCCUCGUGUCUGA